AUGGAGGGAAACAUACACCUCCUCCAGGUCAUCCACAAGAUGCGUUCCCAAAUCAAUAAGCUGGAGAGAGAGAACAGAGCCCUGAGAGGAGAGCUGCAGAUCUGUGGGCAGAGAGUUGUGCCAUCAGCGAGAGACGCAGCAAGAGAAGGUGGGAACAACGACAUGAGGAGCCUUGCCAAUGGUGGGGAAGGACCAGCUGACUCUCCAGCACUCCUGCAUAGAAGCAUCAUGACCAGUCCUGCUCCUGCACCAAAAAACCAGACAGAUACCACCAUGACCGUGCGGCGCUACUCCACUGCGUCACCAGCACCUGGGCCUUCCAACAUGAAGUCUGGCUGGGCUGGCAAGAGGUCUCCAAGCAAUGGGCUACCAAACACACCGGGCAGUGCCCUGGCACCAGCCCCUCCCAGUGCAGCACAGCUCAUCAUUGGAGAGGAGAAAGGGCUUGAAAGGACGCCAGCCAACUCUCUCUCCCAUAGUCCUUCCAGCAAAAUGAAGCUGUUUCAGGAGCAUGUCUAUAAGUGCAGAGGUAAAGUAAAGGCCAUUAGUUUCCUCUUACCAAUGGAUAUGUCAUCAUCCGCUGAAAGGCAAGGCUCCCUCCAAAGCCCACAAAAUCAUAGUACAAAACAGUUAACCGCUAUGGUUGAAAAGGAUAUGUGAGCUGGUGAAUUUUUAAAGGCCCAUUAAUUCCCAAGAUAAAUUGGCCUUAAAUGAGAGC